AGCUAAUCGGAGUGGUAAGGGAAACAGCAGUAGCAGAAAGAAGUGAAAUUCGGCAAGACUUAUCACAAACUGUUGGUUUCUUUUGACUCUGUGUUUCAAAAGAAUACUAACCGUGUUUUAAGCUUUUAUCCAGACGUAACUUUCAUGUGUUUAAAACCGACGAACGAAACUUUUGCUUGUGAGAUGUCUGUAGGAGAAGCCAUCAUGGAUUCUGAAAACGUCGUUGUAAAGCCGCAGAAACGAAAGAAAUUACGAAGGUUAAAGAAGAGAAAGUACUCUACUCUUCUGGGUGUCCACAGAAUGCAGGAGAGUUGGAAGCCAAUGAAGCAAAGGAGAACAAAAACCGCGGCGCCUCAGAAUACCACACAAUUCAUUAUGGAGGACAAGGAGGUGACGGAACCUUUUUAUGUAAUUUCUUCUCCUUCCACCUCACCAGUUAGUCACUGUACGAGUUCUCCAGGAUCAGUACGAGGUUCACCUUUAUCAGACAGAGACUUAGCUUUCGAUUCUACUGAAGAAGAUCUUGUUCGCGAUUUCGAGGACCUUGAUUUCGAUUUGGAUUUUUUCCAAAAAGAUUUCGAAGCCACAUACAAUCGUAUACAGGAGGAAAGCUUACUAGAGCUCUCUAAAAGCGAACUUGUUAAUAAAUUCAGAGAGCUUGAGGGAAAAGGAGAGAUUCUUCAAAAACGUUGCGAGGAAAUUGGAAGAGUCGGCACACAAGGACCAAACACUUUUACCGCUCCCGCCGAGAAAUCACACGAAGAAAAUACUUUGCUUUCUUAUCUGGAAGAGUUACGGCGUGAAAAUAAAUCAUUGGUGGAAGAAAAUAUGAGGUUAAAGUCGACAAAAUGUUCAUUAGGACUUUCUCGGCUUUCGUAGAUACUAUGGCUUAAAAUUUGUAGUUGUGGCGAAUGAUGAAAUUGAUGUGGAUGUGUACUUUGGGGUUGGCGCUGCUUCUUUCGCCGAAUGAUGCUUUAGCAUUUCACCAAAAGAAGACUGAAUUUCGUGUUUCAAUCUAUUAUGUAACAAACUAGUGCAUGGUUUGAAAUUUGAGAGGAUAUUGAAACGUUCGGUAGUUUUUCUUUAUUUGAACUUGGUGAGCUGGCAGGUUAAUCUAUUAUUCAUGCUGACUCAGUGUAAAUGUUUUAGUUUGUUUAGCUUGGGUUAGGGUUAAAGUCGUAUAAUUAGAAAAUUUGGGUUUGAUUUCGGCUUUUUUUGGAACUUAUUCAGUUACAUACGUCAGAAAUUCCUAAAAUGGUCUGUGGAAGCAAGUUGCUUUUUUCUUCACCAUUUACUCAUUGUUUGAGAAUAAAAUUCAGGAAAUAAGUGUGAUUUUGCCUGUGUAGUUCCUCUUGCUCAAGUUCUAAAUUUGUCAUUUUUUUUUUUUUUUUCAAGGAAAUCUGAUAGUUUUCUUUAGGUUGGAAAUGAGGAUGUAUUGUAAUUACAGGAGAGGAAAAAAGCAAAUUGAUUUCACAGCAAUUAUUUACUUUUCAUGUAGAUAUUACUUAAACGACUUAGGUGGACUAAAACUGCAAGUUUUCCACCUUGUGAUUUAGGUGAUGUGUGGUGCACUUGGGUCAUGAAUGAUACCAGUGGCAUUGCCUGUGGAUUACACCACACUCCAGAAUUGAAGGACAACUGAUACUUCCUUCCUACCAGCUGAGUGUUGGUGGAUGGAACCUGGAGUGUCCAUUACCCAAACAACACCUGCUGCCCAGAGCUAAGUAUGGUCUUGCUGUUGUUCGCUUGGUAGUGACUCCUCCAUACUGGGUGGUGGGUUCAUUUGAAAAUUGAAGUUUUCAUUGUUUCAGAAUUCCAAGUUCAUGUCAGACAAGAAAUCUGUGCAAGCUAUCAUCAGCAUUAUACUUUCCACUUUUGUGUCAUUGCAAGGAUGAGAAUAUAUUAGGUCCCAAGUGUUGCUCACAUAGAGAACCCUAUGGGUCAGCUAUCAGCAUCUUAGUUACUGUUUGUGACAUGUUUAUUUGUCAAAGAGCAGAACUGAUGGAAAUUUGGUGUUGGGGGAGGGGGGUGUUAUUGUGUGAUUGUGUCCUAUUUGCUUUGUUUCAGAAUUAGAGAGGGAAGAUAUGGAUGUGCAGCUCUUUGGCAAGAUUGGGUUGAAAUUUUGGUGAAAUAUGACAUUGUUUUUGGCUUGUCUUAGUGAUGAAAGGGAAGAAACUAAUUAAAAGUGUUUUAAACUGA